AUGGCAUCACGAACCGACCACGUCGAGGUCAUUCAUCGGAGCCGCUCCGAGGAUCGCCAUGUGUACUCUUCCUCGACCGAAGCGGGCUACCGUCCUCGCGGCCCAGAGCCCUACGUUAACAUCAAUUCAAAUAUCGAAGCAAAGAUCAAAAACCCUCUCAUCGGCAUACCGCGACGGACUUUGCUCGCCGAUGUCGACAAGUUCUGCCGCAGGAAGGGCCUCGAGGCCCAUCGUCGCAUCCUCCGUAAAGGCGCACUGGUUGCGCAGGACCCUACUGGCUACGAGGACAUCACAGGCGAGGAGGCCCUUACCGACGAGGAAAUAGAGUCUCUCCGUGACGAGGUGCUACACAAGUGGCGCAUCCCUAGGGUUCUGUAUCUCACCAUCAUCACCUGUUCUAUCGGCGCCGCUGUUCAAGGCUGGGACCAGACCGGCUCCAACGGCGCCAAUCUCGACUUCCCGAGAGCAUUUGGUAUCGGAUCAGCUAGCAUCCACGAUAACGUCAUCGUCGGCCUCGUAAAUGCGGCUCCCUAUAUCGGAACAGCUCUCGUUGGCGCUUGGCUGUCUGAUCCCAUCAACCACCGUUGGGGUCGCCGGGGGACCAUCUUUGUCGCCGCCCACUUUUGCCUGUGGCCGGUGCUCGCAAGCGCUUUUUGCAAUACCUGGGUGCAGCUGUUCGGCUGUCGUCUGCUCCUGGGCGUCGGCAUGGGCACCAAGGCUUCUACUGUACCCAUAUUCGCCGCCGAGAACUCGCCGGCACCGAUUCGAGGCGCGCUCGUCAUGAGCUGGCAGCUAUGGACUGCCUUUGGUAUAUUUCUGGGCACAUGCGCCAAUCUCGUCGUCAAGCACAUCGGCCCGGAGUCGUGGAGAUACCAGCUUGGGUCGGCUUUCAUCCCCGCUGUGCCCCUCGCUCUUCUCAUCUACUUUUGCCCCGAGUCGCCGCGUUGGUACAUCAAGAAAAACCGCUACUUAGAUGCACUACACUCACUGCUUCGCUUGCGCAAUUCACCAGUCCAAGCGGCCCGGGAUCUAUACUACAUCCACGUUCAACUGCAGGUCGAACAGGAGUUCAUCGGCCAUGGCAACUAUAUAGGCCGCUUCAUCGAGCUGUUCACGAUCCCUCGCAUCCGCCGAGCAACCCUCGCGGCGUUCGUCGUCAUGAUUGCGCAGCAGAUGUGUGGAAUCAAUAUCAUCGCCUUUUACUCGACUACAGUCUUCCGCGAUGCCGGUGCGAGCGACUUUAAUGCCCUCCUGGCCACCUGGGGCUUUGGUCUCAUCAACUUUCUCUUUGCCUUCCCCGCCAUCUGGACUAUCGACACCUUUGGGCGUCGCUCACUGCUAUUGUUCACCUUUCCCCAGAUGGCCUGGACGCUUCUUGCGGCUGGGCUCUGCACGCUUAUCCCUCCGGGACCCGCACACAUAGGCAUGGUUGCUUUGUUCGUGUACCUCUUUGCUGUCUUUUACUCGCCGGGUGAGGGCCCGGUUCCUUUCACGUACUCGGCCGAAGUGUUUCCCUUGUCGCAUCGUGAGGUGGGCAUGGCGUUCGCCGUCGCGACAUGCCUAUUCUGGGCAUCUGUGCUGUCCAUCACGUUCCCGCUGAUGCUGGCGCAGCUGGGGGUGCGCGGAGCCUUUGGACUUUACGCAAUGCUCAAUAUCCUGGCUCUAGUCAUGAUUUUCCUGGCGGUCCCAGAAACGAAGCAGCGUACGCUGGAAGAGCUCGACUACAUCUUCGGUGUCCCCACGAGGGUGUUCGCGCGGUACCAGGUUACCAAAGCACUACCUUGGUGGUGCAAGCGGUGGCUCCUAUUCCGGAAGAACGCCACGCUGGAACCCCUUUACCAACUCGACGUGGCGGAGCACCAUGAAGAAGAAGACGAGGUUGCGAGUACAGACAAUGGAUACGAAAACGACAAGGCGAGGGUGGAGAUGAAGGACAUUGUGGGAUUCCCCAGAGGGGCGAGUGGGCAGCAGCCGACGCAACCACACAGCCCGUCUCCUCGGACAUCGGGAUGA